CAGUCACAAGGAACUAUGGCAACAAGAGAACUUCACGACAGUCAUUUAACGUAUUCCGGUGGCCGGUGUCGUAUAUUUUGCAGAAUCACCAUGGCGUUGAAAGAGACUGCGGGACUGUAUGAAACCCUCAAAGCGGAGUGGAACAAGAAAAACCCAAACCUGAGUAAAUGUGGAGAGCUUCUGAGCAAACUUAAGGUGUCAUUACUGGAGCUGAAUUUCCUACCUACCAGUGGGUCUGCGCUCACUAAGCAGCAGCUCAUUUUAGCUCGUGAUGUCCUUGAAAUUGGAGCCUUGUGGAGUAUCCGCAAGAAGGACAUCCCGUCCUUUGAGAGAUACAUGGCCCAGCUAAAAUGUUACUACUUUGAUUACAAGGAUGAACUGCCUGAAGCUGCCUACAUGCACCAGUUACUUGGACUGAACCUGCUCUUCCUGCUCUCACAGAACCGUGUGUCUGAGUUUCACACAGAACUUGAGAGACUGAGUGCACGAGAUAUUCAGACCAACGUAUACAUCAGACACCCAGUGUCCCUAGAGCAGUACUUGAUGGAGGGCAGCUACAACAAGGUAUUUCUUGCCAAAGGCAACAUCCCUGCCGAGAGCUACACCUUUUUUAUAGAUAUUCUGCUCGACACAAUUCGCGAUGAGAUCGCAGGAUGCAUAGAGAAAGCAUAUGAGCAGAUCCAGUUCAGUGAAGCCACCCGUGUGCUUUUCUUCAGUUCCCCGAAUAAGAUGACAGAGUAUGCUAACAAGAGGGGAUGGAGUCUGAGCCCAGAUUACUAUUACUCUUUCACCAGUCAGCAGCAGCGGACAGAGGAGGUGACCAUCCCCUCUACAGAGCUGGCACAACAGGUCAUCGAAUAUGCACGACAGCUGGAAAUGAUUGUGUAAUCCGCCCCCAGGAACACACUCAGCCAUGUACAGACACACUCAGACACACACCGCUGAUCCAGUAUACAUCCAGUCAGCUCAAAUGCAGUUGCCUUGAGGGAUAUGACUUUGUUGAUUGCCAGAGUGGUUGAUUUGUUGCCCAUACCUCAAAAAUCUAUCAACAUUUAUUUUUCCUGUAUUCCACUCAUCUGCAGGUCUUCCUGUCUGGAAGUUUGUUUUUAUUUCAAUAGGUGGUGGAAAAACAAACAAAAGUACCAUUGGUGACCAGUCUACUCAGCAAUAGCUACACAUCUACCUGUCACUGAAGACAUUCAAGGGUUUCAAUGAUAGAGUUAAUUAUUUUAUCUAAGAUGCCAUCUCAGCAGCAUUAAAACUGAGCUUUUUAUGGCGUAUUACCAACUGGUGAGAGAGAAAUAAUAACUUCAAGUCCAGCUACUACAUUUAAAACCCUUGGGCCUCAACUCUUUGACAAUUACAAUUCAACUAAUUACAAUAACUACCCUGUGACUUUGCCUGUCAGUGUCACACAAGACUAUCAACUCAACAUUUUCCCCCUAAUUUUCACCAAAAUCUUUUUGUACACAAAGUUAAUUUUCUCCUUAUAGAGCUCUCAGAAAUGUAUUGCUUUGUAUCCUAGCAACUGACAGAAUUGCCGUUGAAGUUUGUGAGUGUUUUCUAAAUGGAAAUUCCUCUUCCUCCCUAGAUGGUUUGUAAUCCAGUUGAUAUUAAAUCUUUGCCUGCAAUAAAUGAUUCUGAAAAUAAA